AGAGAGAGAGAUGGAAGCAAAUAUGAGAAGUGGGUGGUGAAUAUAAAGAGCUUGUUGCAUAGCUCAAACCACCUCCUUCUCUUCUUCAACUUUCAUUCUAGAGAGAGAUAGAAAGAGAGAGAGACUGAGAAGAUGGGAAAUUGUCAAGCCAUAGAUGCAGCAACUUUGGUGAUACAACAUCCAAAUGGGAAGGUUGAGAAGUUAUAUGGGGUAGUGAGUGCUAGUGAGGUUAUGAAGAUGAACCCUGGUCAUUAUGUUGCUCUUCUCAUCUCUACCACCCUCUGUCCCUCAUCAAAUCCCAAAUCCAAAACCAAUGCUCCUGAUCAAAAUAAUGGCGACGAUCAUAUUCACAAGAAUUCUGACACGACCAAUGAGAAGAAGACUGCUUCUACUACUGGUUCUGUUCGAAUCACACGCAUCAAGCUUCUCAGACCGACCGAUACUCUUGUUCUUGGCCAAGUUUACAGACUCAUCACCACUCAAGAGGUUAUGAAGGGUCUGUGGGCUAAGAAACAAGCAAAGGGGAAGAGAUCAAACCAGUUUGAGCCACUAACAGCAGAGAGGUUGCAGAGAGAGACAGCAGCAGCAGCUAGCAGAAGAUCUGAGGCUGCAUCUGAGCUGUACAAGGACAACAACCAGGUGAUGACUAAGACUGAUAGACACCACCACCGACCCAGAACAUCAUCCUCAUCGUCAGGCAGUAGCAGCAGUCAGCCUGCAGCAACAGCCAGACCAAGAACAUGGCAACCUUCAUUGCAAAGCAUCUCAGAAUCUGCAAGCUGAUGAUCAUGGAGAUGAUGAUGUGCGUGUUCAAUCGUCGGCCGCAUGAUGCGUGAGCGACAGUGGAGCAGCAGUAAUGGUUCAGUACUCCACCUACAGAUGAUCUCAGCCUUCUUGAUGAACAUGUGAAAAUCGACAUCCGAAGGAGGAUGGUAAACGACUAGGUGAUCAUAAACUUAUUACGCUCAGGUGAAGAAACCUGAAUAAGUUGUGUAUAGCAAAAGGGUGGCAGUCUCUAGGUAGUAGCUAUAUGACUGUAAGAGAGCUUUUCUUUAAAUGAAAGUUUACUUCAAGAAGAAAACUACUAUGGUUUUAAUUG